GUACAUGGAGGAUGACAGAAAAAGCCAAUGGCGUGAAGAGCUCCCCAGCCAAUAACCACAACCACCGUGCCCCUCCUGCCAUCAAGGCCAAUGGCAAAGAUGACCACAGGGCCAGCAGCCGGCCACAGUCUGCGGCCGAUGAUGACACCUCCUCAGAGCUACAGCGACUGGCAGAGAUGGACGCCCCCCAGCAGAGGAGGGGUGGCUUCCGCAGGAUUGCCCGCCUGGUGGGAGUCCUCAGAGAGUGGGCUAACAGGAACUUCCGUGAGGAGGAGCCCAGACCUGACUCGUUCCUUGAGCGUUUCCGGGGGCCUGAGCUCCACACCGUGACGACACAGCAAGGGGACAGCAAAGGCGACAAGGACGGCGAGGGCAGCAAAAAGAAGUUUGAACUCUUUGUCUUGGACCCAGCCGGGGACUGGUACUACUGCUGGCUGUUUCUCAUUGCCUUGCCUGUCCUCUACAACUGGUGCCUACUGGUGGCCAGAGCCUGCUUCAGUGACCUGCAGAAAGGUUACUACAUAGUGUGGCUGGUGCUGGAUUACGUCUCAGAUGUGAUCUACAUUGCAGACCUCUUCAUCCGACUGCGCACAGGUUUCUUGGAGCAGGGGCUACUGGUGAGAGACACAAAGAAGUUGCGGGACAACUACAUCCACACCAUGCAGUUCAAGCUGGAUGUGGCCUCCAUCAUCCCUACAGACCUGAUCUAUUUUGCUGUGGGGAUCCACAACCCUGAGGUGCGCUUCAACCGCUUGCUACACUUUGCCCGCAUGUUUGAGUUCUUUGACCGCACUGAGACACGCACUAGCUACCCCAACAUCUUUCGAAUCAGCAACCUGGUCCUCUACAUCUUGGUCAUCAUCCACUGGAAUGCCUGCAUCUACUAUGCCAUCUCCAAGUCCAUCGGCUUUGGGGUCGACACCUGGGUUUACCCCAACAUCACUGACCCUGAGUAUGGCUACCUGUCUAGGGAGUACAUCUAUUGCCUUUACUGGUCUACACUGACCCUCACCACCAUUGGGGAGACACCACCCCCUGUAAAGGAUGAGGAGUACCUGUUUGUCAUCUUUGACUUCCUAAUUGGUGUCCUCAUCUUUGCCACCAUCGUGGGAAAUGUGGGCUCCAUGAUCUCCAACAUGAAUGCCACCCGGGCUGAGUUCCAGGCCAAGAUUGAUGCCGUCAAACAUUAUAUGCAGUUCCGAAAGGUCAGCAAGGAGAUGGAAGCCAAGGUCAUUAGGUGGUUUGACUACUUGUGGACCAAUAAGAAGAGUGUGGAUGAGCGGGAAGUCCUCAAAAACCUGCCAGCCAAGCUUAGGGCUGAGAUAGCCAUCAACGUCCACCUGUCCACACUCAAGAAAGUGCGCAUCUUUCAGGACUGUGAGGCUGGCCUGCUGGUGGAACUGGUGUUAAAGCUCCGGCCUCAGGUCUUCAGCCCUGGGGACUACAUUUGCCGCAAGGGGGAUAUUGGGAAGGAGAUGUACAUAAUCAAGGAGGGAAAAUUGGCAGUGGUGGCUGAUGACGGUGUCACUCAGCAUGCCCUGCUCUCUGCUGGGAGUUGCUUUGGAGAGAUCAGUAUCCUUAAUAUUAAGGGCAGCAAAAUGGGCAAUCGGCGCACAGCCAACAUCCGUAGUCUUGGCUACUCUGAUCUGUUCUGCUUGUCCAAGGAUGAUCUUAUGGAAGCUGUGACUGAGUACCCUGAUGCCAAAAGGGUUUUGGAGGAGAGAGGCCGGGAGAUUCUGAUGAAGGAGGGCUUGUUGGAUGAGAAUGAGGUGGCAGCCAGCAUGGAGGUAGAUGUGCAGGAGAAGCUAGAACAGCUGGAGACCAACAUGGACACCUUGUACACUCGUUUUGCCCGCCUGCUGGCUGAGUACACAGGAGCCCAGCAGAAGCUCAAGCAGCGCAUCACAGUUUUGGAAACCAAGAUGAAGCAGAAUAAUGAGGACGACUACCUGUCAGAUGGGAUGAACAGCCCGGAGCCACCUGCCGAGAAGCCAUAAUGGCUUGGCCCAAUUGCCCCUCCAGCCUUGGCCUUGACCCCAGGGCUGGAAGAGCUGUGUAAGUCCCCACAUAUAUAUGCAUUACCACAUCCCCUUGAAUUCUCCCAGAAGCCUCUCUGCUGGAAGGUUUAGUGCUCAAUCAUCCAGAAGCCCUCCUCCAA